CACACACACACGCACAAGCACGCACACAUGCAUAUAAAAAUAUAGAACUGCUGCAUUUCAAGUGCAAAUAAUUUGGCGCAGAUUUGAAGCUAAACUAUUUAACAAAAGCAACCCCUAACAAAAGCGUACUAACGCUUUAUUUUAUGCUUAUACUUUUUUUUUUUUUGGGGCAUUGUUGGUUCAAUAAUUUUGUGGCGCUACUAAAAAUCAAACAAGUUGCGACGCGGCGGCGACGACGACGACGACGACGCUAGGCAACCAACCAAUGCGCAAGCAUGGCAAGUCUAAUGCGGCAUGUGGCAGGGGCGGCGGCGGCGACACAUUGUUGGAGCCGCCGGUAAGCACUUGGACGCAAGCCUGGCGCAUUGCCAGUCUGCAGCCGACACUCGACCAAAGCGCAUACACCAUGUACGGUCGUCUGCCUCAAGCGAGAGAUGCAGGCAACGCUGCUCUGGGCGGCGGCGGCGGCAACGGCAACGGCAGCAGCUCCAAUGCCAACGCAGCGACUUGCGCUAAUCAGGCGCAUGACAAGCUCAAAAUUGGCUACUGCACGGAUCUGGACAAGUCGGUGCUGGUGAAUAAUUUUGAAAAGCGUGGCUGGCAUCAGGUGAACGGCGACGAUGAUUGGCACUUCUACUGGGCGGGCGUGCAGACGUGUCGCAACAUUUUCAGCGUCGACAGCGGCUAUCGCAUGCACGACAAUCAAAUGAUUAAUCAUUUUCCCAAUCACUACGAGCUGUCGCGCAAGGAUUUGCUGGUGAAGAACAUCAAGCGCUAUCGCAAGGAUCUGGAGCGCGACGGCAAUCCGCUGGCGGAGAAAACGGAAUCGAAUAAUUCCAGCGGCACGCGUUAUCUUUAUUUGGACUUUGUGCCCACGACUUUUGUGCUGCCGGCGGAUUACAAUAUGUUUGUCGAAGAGUAUCGCAAGUUUCCGCUGAGCACUUGGAUUAUGAAGCCCUGCGGCAAGUCGCAAGGCGCUGGCAUCUUUCUGAUAAACAAGCUGUCGAAGCUGAAAAAGUGGUCGCGAGAAGCGAAGGGUCCCUUUCAUCCGCAAAUAGCCAAGGAGUCGUAUGUCAUCUCACGCUACAUCGACAAUCCUUUGCUCAUAGGCGGCAAGAAGUUCGAUCUGCGUUUGUACGUGUUGGUCGCAUCCUUUCGCCCACUCAAGGCUUAUCUGUUCAAGCAAGGAUUCUGUCGCUUCUGCACGGUUAAGUACGACACAAGCGUCACCGAGCUGGACAACAUGUAUGUGCAUCUGACCAAUGUCAGUGUGCAGAAACAUGGCGGCGAGUACAAUACGCUGCAUGGCGGCAAAUGGUCGGUGCAGAAUCUGGCGCUUUAUUUGGAAGGCACGCGCGGCAAGGAGGUCACCGAUCGUCUGUUCGGCGCCAUCUCUUGGCUCAUUGUGCACUCGCUGCGCGCCGUCGCUCCAGUCAUGGCCAGCGAUCGACAUUGCUUCGAAUGCUAUGGCUACGAUAUUAUCAUAGACAAUACGCUCAAGCCUUGGCUAGUCGAAGUGAAUGCUUCACCUUCGCUCACCUCCACUACAGUCAACGAUCGCAUACUCAAAUACAAAUUAAUUGACAAUAUCUUGUCGGUGGUGCUGCCGCCAGAUGGCGUGCCAGAUGUACGCUGGCAAAAAGUGCCAAGCGCUGAUGCUUUGGGCAACUUUGAGCUGCUCAUCGAUGAGGAGCUGGCGGCGCAGGAUGAAGCGCAAAAUAGCAACAGCAACAGCAAUGCGCAUAGCAAGACCAGCAAACUGGGCAGCCGCUGGAAGUGACGCAGGUAGACGGCGACUAAGCCGUCCAGCAGUUUUCAAAAUAAAUAAAUGUAAACCUGUGUGCACUCAAAAUAAAAUAGCAACGAUUCGCAGCGUUGAAAAGAA